UGCCGCCGCGGCCCUCGGGCUCUCGGCCAUGGCGAGGCUCUGCCGGCGCGUCCCUUGCACCCUGCUCCUCGGCCUGGCGGCCGUGCUGCUGAAGGCACGGCUGGUCCCCGCGGCCUCCCGAGCCGAGCUCGGCCGCUCCGACCUCAGCCUCAUCCAGCAGCAGCAGCAGCAGCAGCAACAGCAGCAGAGGCAGCGGGAGGAGGCUGAGGAAGAGAGGCCCGAGGUGCCGGGAGCAUCCUCUACCUUGACCGUGCCAGUGUCUGUGUUUAUGCUGAAAGUCCAGGUGAAUGACAUCAUCAGCCGUCAGUACCUGAGUCAAGCAGUUGUCGAAGUAUUUGUAAACUACACGAAGACCAACUCCACAGUAACUAAAAACAAUGGAGCAGUGUUGAUAAAAGUGCCCUAUAAAUUAGGCCUAAGCUUAACCAUUAUUGCUUAUAAAGAUGGCUAUGUGUUGACACCUCUGCCUUGGAAGACCGGAAGAAUGCCAAUUUAUUCAUCAGUUACACUUUCUCUGUUCCCACAAAGCCAAGCAAAUAUAUGGCUAUUUGAAGACACUGUUCUUAUUACUGGAAAAUUAGCUGAUGCCAAAUCUCAACCGAGUGUUCAGUUUUCAAAAGCCUUAAUUAAACUUCCUGACAACCAUCACAUUAGCAACGUUACUGGCUAUCUCACAGUCCUACAACAGUUUUUGAAAGUGGACAAUUUUCUGUAUACGACUGGAAUUACUCUCAACAAACCAGGUUUUGAAAGCAUUGAAUUGACUCCUCUUGCUGCAAUAUGUGUGAAAAUAUAUUCUGGAGGGAAAGAGUUAAAGGUAGAUGGCUCCAUUCAAGUCUCACUCCCUCUCCUACAUGCGGAUGACGUCCACAGGGGUGACCGCAUACCUGCUUGGACAUUCGAUAUGAACACAGGUGCUUGGGUAAAUCAUGGCUGGGGAGUGGUCAAAGAACAUAACAAUCACUUAGUUUGGACUUACGAUGCACCACAUCUGGGAUACUGGAUAGCAGCUCCACUUCCAGGAUCUAGAGGUACUGGUAUAAGUGAAGAUCCCAAGGACAUAACUGCCUACCACACAGUGUUUCUUACAGCCAUACUGGGAGGGACGAUAGUCAUUGUCAUUGGCUUUUUUGCUGUACUACUUUGUUAUUGCAGGGAUAAGUGUGGUACUACACAAAAAAGAGAUAGAAAUAUCACUAAGCUUGAGGUCCUCAAGAGAGACCAGACAACAUCAACAACACACAUAAAUCACAUUAGUUCAGUCAAAAUUGCAUUAAAAGCUGAGGACAAGUCACAGAUAUUUAAUGCCAAGAAUGCCUCAUACAGCCCUCAAAAAAAGGAACCAUCAAAAGCAGAAGGAGAAGAAAGAAUUUCCAUGGUAAAAACUCGGGACAAUUUUAAAAUCUACAAUGAAGAGGUUUCAUAUUUAUCAGUCAAUCAAAAUAACUACUCAAGAAACCCAGCACAGUCUUUGGAGCCAAUUGGAGGGACCAAACAACCUAAACAUAUUAACAACAAUCUGUCAUCAUUAGGUGAUGCUCAAGAGGAGAAGAGGUACCUUACAGGUAACGAGGAGGAGAUGUAUGGACGUUCCCACAUUCCUGAGCAGCUAAUGCAUAUAUACAGCCAGCCCAUUGCCAUCCUUCAAACGUCAGACCUCUUCCCCACUCCAGAGCAGUUACAUACUGCUAAAUCAGCUACCCUGCCAAGAAAGGGACAGUUAGUCUAUGGCCAAUUGAUGGAACCGGUAAACAGAGAGAACUUCACACAGACUUUGCCCAAAAUGCCAAUGCAUUCUCAUGCACAGCCCCAAGAUGCUAGGGAAGAGGAUAUCGUUCUUGAAGGUCAGCAGAGUUUGCCAUCUCAGACUUCCGACUGGAGCCGAUACUCCAAUAGCUUAUUAGAAUCUGUCUCUGUCCCUGGAACACUAAAUGAAGCUGUUGUAAUGACUCCAUUUUCAUCAGAACUUCAAGGAAUUUCAGAGCAGACUCUCUUGGAACUGUCCAAAGGAAAGCCCUCCCCACAUCCCAGAGCAUGGUUUGUGUCCCUUGAUGGAAAACCAGUUGCUCAAGUGAGGCACUCCUUCAUAGACCUGAAAAAGGGAAAGAGAGCCCAGAGCAAUGACACAAGUCUUGACUCUGGGGUAGACAUGAAUGAGCAUCAAUUGAGUAGAAAGCUGGAGAGGGAGAAAACAUUCAUCAAAAGCAUGCAUCAGCCCAAGAUUCUUUACUUGGAAGAUUUAGACCUGAGCAGCAGCGAGAGUGGAACCACUGUCUGUUCUCCGGAGGACCCGGCGUUAAGGCACAUCUUGGAUGGAGGAGGGAGUGCAGUUAUCCUGGAGCACCCUGGGGAGGAGUCUCCAGCAAGAAAAACCACCGUUGAAGAUUUUGAAGCCACUACAUCUCCCACCAGAAAAAGGGGCCGACCACCACCACUAACCAAAAGAGACAGCAAGACUAACAUCUGGAAGAAGCGGGAGGAACGCCCACUGCUUCCCAUAAAUUAACUCCGAAGGUGGCUCUGUCUGUGCUUCUUGAUGUAAAUUUUAGUAUGAACUGAAGAAGUUGAGACUGAGUGAACUCAUGGUCCUGGGUCAUGUCUCAAGGAGAGUAAAUAGUGAAUUGGUAAUUUAGCAAUCAGAGAGGAAGGCACUGAAGAAUGCUUUUUCUGGCUUAUUCUUUUUGUUUAGUUUUGAGUGAAGAAUUUGAAGCAUCAGCUUUUCAAAAUGUGAAAUAGUGUCAAAAUGUUAAUUAUUUAACAAAAUGUUUGCUCAGUCAGCCAAAUUGGUAUUCUCUUGAGAAUAAAAUAAUGAGAUGUAUAUUCCUAAAGUUACUCUAAAAAAUGUUGUGUCUGCCUGAUGACUACCAUGUUAAGUGGAAGCUCUUCUUCAAUUACAUCCCCCUCUGCCUGUACUUGAUAUCAACUUGAUAAAUGUGGGGACUGAUAUUAUGUUAGACUUCAAACACCAGACAUUUUCUUUUGUGAGAUAAAUAGCAAUAUCAUCCCCAAAGUAAAUCGUACACCUAUAUAAAAUGAGCAAGAUGUUUCUUGGUCAUUAGAGUUACCAGCUCCUUUAAAUAUAUGAACUUCACAAAAAUAGCAAUUUGAGAAAUUAAAAAAAAUAUUGAGAAAUGAUUGUUGAGAUGCAGGAUUUUUCUUUUUCUUUUUCUCCCCCACCACCUCAAAAUGAAGCAACCCAAGUUGUCAAGAAAGAAAAUUUACCAAUCUGGAAAAACAAAACUGGGAUAUUAAGACUCACUGAUACAUGUAGGCAAGAAUCAAAUUUAAUGUAUUUCUUCUAGUCAAAAAACUAUAACUCAGUCACUUAAAGGCUAGUAAACUUGAUAUAAAAUGAUAAGGAUAACGAAUUCCAAUGAAUACCAAAAUAUGGGGAGAUAAAAGAAAUAAAAAAGUUUCAUCUAUGAAUAGAAAAAGAUGCUGUUUUCCUGAGGCUCAAAAAUAUUUCAGGAAAUUAGUUAUAUAGGUAGAAGUUGGAACAUUUGUAAGAUGUUUGAGAAAAUUGCUUUCAAUUCAGGAGAAGUAUAAAUUCUUCCUAUGUUCACUUGGCUUUGUAAUUUUUGUUCUUUAUUUUUUAAUUUUAUUUAUUUAUUUUUGUGUGUGCUGGUCCUGGGACUUGAAAUCGGGGACUGGACACUGCCAUUGAGCUUUUAAUGCUCAAGGUUAAUGCUCUACCACUUGAGCCACAGCUCCAUGUCUGGUUUUAUGGUGGUUAAAGAGUCUCACAGACUUUCCUGCUUAGGCUGGCUUCAAACUACCAUCCUCAACUUUCAGCUUCUUGAGCUAGAUUUAAAAGUGUAUCAAUAUGCUUUUCAACAUAGUGAAGAAUUCAAUGAGAACACAUUCAUUAGCUAUUUGUAUGUGUCUUCAGUUCUGAAGUUAUUAUUCAUAUGUCCUAAAAGCUUUUAAUUAAAAUCAACCCUUUCCAUUUCUCCUAAAUUUUUCAUGAAGACACAUAUCUGAAGCAUCUUUCCCUUUUCCUUGAUAAAAAAGAUGAUAUAAGAUUGUUUUAUCUCUCAUUUUCUUACUAUUCAACAUAGGAGCAAUAUUGACUCAAGCCACACAAAUAAGGUGAAAGUUUAGAACCAAAUAGCCACACUUGCUUUAGUAAAAUUGUAGAUAAAAUUGAAAUGAUAGACUUCAGUCAAUAUUUUCCUAUAAUUACUUCUGAAAUCUCCUUUGUUAACCCAAAGAACUUAAAGACUUAGGGCACAUGUUUGAUUUAUAUUACUCAAACCAUGGAAAACAUAAAUGGAUAAUACAUAGACUUUUUGUUUUUUUUAGUAGUAGUGAUAAGGCUCACAAUUAGAAGUUUUUUUUAUUGGUAUGACACACAAAAAAAUAUAGAUUAAAGUAACAUGAAUGAAAAUGAUUUGGGAAACAAUGAGGAGUUAGUGCUCUGUGGAAGUGCCUUUGAUACAGAUUGCAUUAUUAGAAGGAUAUAAUAACAUUUUUCUUCAGUGUACAUUAUCUCUGUUAGCCAAGUAAACAGAUGUGCAGUUUUUAUUAAAAAUAAUAGAUCUAGUGUUUCAUGUUGGAACAAUGAAUUUUGCAUGUUGCAUUUCUUUUUCUGUGUUUUAAUCCUGUUUUUGAAUUCAGCAUACAUCGAUACAUUGUUUGUGUUGGAAUGACUUUAGAAACUGUAUAGCAAAAAUGUUCCUCCUCCUCUUCAAUAUUUCAAGUAUGUAUAUUUUUCCACCUUUAAAACUGUUCCAUUCCUCAACUUGGUAAAUGAAAUACACAAACCUAUGUAGGUGUACAACCCAGGUAUACAAGUUAUUUUAGUCAUUUGUGUGUGGAGAAAAGGAGAAUACAUUUCCCAAGGGCUUUCCUAGAACUUCUUGUUUGAUUUUAGAAGAAAACUUU